ACAAAUGGAAGAAAAUACAGUGGUAAAAUGAAAAGCAAUUAAAUUAAAGAUAAACAAAAUUGAACCCGUCUUGAGCUCUUACUGCUCCAAUCACGUGGUGACUGGGCAUCCAUUUGUCUCUUUACAACACCACCACUUGAUAACGAUUUUCCCUAAAUUUCCGACUGGCCAAAUUCGUUUAUCGAAAAUCCCAUUUUCGAGCUACGUAAAGUGAAGGGAAGCGAUAGAGAGUUUACAAAGAACACCAAGAAAAGAAACACAAAAAGAUUAACCAACAAAAUGGCAGGAGAGACAGCAGUGGCAGUGCAACCAGCAGCAGCACCAACAACAAAGACAACAACUUCAACUGUAACUCAAACUAAAACUGUGGAGAAUCAGAAGAAGAACAGAAUCCACGUUUCUAACACCAAGAAACCACUCUUCUUUUAUGUUAAUCUUGCAAAGAGGUACAUUCAACAGCACAAUGAGGUUGAACUUUCUGCUUUAGGCAUGGCAACUACUACUGUAGUGACUAUUGCUGAGAUUCUCAAGAAUAAUGGACUGGCUACUGAGAAGAAAGUCUUGACAUCUACCGUGGGCAUGAAAGAUGAGAACAGAGGGCGAUUCAUUCAGAAGGCCAAAAUUGAAAUUGUGUUGGGGAAAUCUGAUAAAUUCGAUUUGUUCAUGACCACUGCUGCUCUACCUCAAACUGCUGCUCCAGCUCUAGCACCAGAAGUGGCUGCCAAAGACAGGGAAUGACAUGAAAAUUUGGAGAAAUGCUUACGUCCACUUGUUGUAGUUCUAUAUCCACAAUUCUUCUUAUGGUCUGCAAAAGUAGAUAAACAGGAGGUCAAUAGGUAUUAUGAAGUAUUCGAUAGAGUGACGAUAGUACUUUAAGAUGACAUCGCAUAACGGGGCAGUGGAAAUUUCGUGCUUCUCUCUGCUUUAAUCCUUCCCAGGGUUGUGAUUUUCCAUUGUCAUAUUGCUUAUCGUUUAACUUUGUCUCGAUUGAAUGGCUAACUACCAAGAAAGAAGUUUUAGUGGUUAGUUUGUGUGAUUUGUGAGUUGUGAGAGGUUGCUCUUGUAACAAACAAUAUCCCUUGGUGUUUUUUUUUUUUUUUUUUUUUUACAAGAAUGAUGUUCACCAGUAAAGUUCGUAUCUCAGAGGAUCCGGUUUGUGAUUCAGUAACAAAUGAUACAUGUUUAUAAUUUUGUCAAAAUGAUUCUUAAGAAAAUUGGUGAAAA